CGACGACUGAAAAGAAGGCUGACCAGGCGACCUUGACCUUGUGUAAUCGCGGUGCUGUCUCAGGACCAAUCCGAAGAACACCAUUCCGUCGCAUCACCAGUCAGUCGCAAUGUUGUCCUGGUCAACAGUCAUUGCCGCCGGCCUCGCCGUGACGGGGACUCAGGGCACCCCCGUUGAGCUGGCCGAGAGGGCAACUCCAACUGUCUACCUCGCCGGUGACAGCACCAUGGCCAAGGGCAGCGGCGCAUAUACGGGCUGGGGCGACUACCUCUCCAAGUACGUCACGGUCCCGGUAGUCAACAAGGCCAUCGGAGGCCGGUCGGCGCGCAGCUAUACCAACGAAGGGCGGUUCGCCGAAAUCGAGCGGCUGCUCAAGCGCGACGACAUCGUCGUCAUCGAGUUUGGGCACAACGACGGCGGGUCGCCCAACUCGGCGUCCGACAACGGGCGCAGCGACUGCCCGGGCACGGGCAACGAGGUCUGCAAGUCCGGCAAGACGGGCGAGACCGUCUACACCUUCAACCGCUACGUCGAGACGGCCGCGCGGAUGUUCGUCGCCAAGGGCGCCCGCGUCAUCGUCAGCAGCCAGACGCCCAACAACCUGUUUGAGGGCGGCACCUUCAACCCGGGCGUGCCGCGCUUCGUUGGGUACGCGGCGCUGGCGGCCAAGAAUGUGGGGAAUGGCGCGAGUUUUGUUGACCACUUCCGGGCCGUGGCCAACAUGUUUCUGAAGCUGGGAAGCGCCAGGACCAACGCGCUGUACCCGAGCGAUCACACACACACGAACGCCGCCGGUGCGGACCAGGUCGCGCAGGCGUUUGUGCAGGCGGUUAGCAGGGACCUCAACGGGACAACGCCGCUGAAGCCGUAUUUGAGGAGUCCGGUGCCGGUCGUGUUUUGAUCUGAGUGCUCCUGCAGUUUGUGGAGGGAGAAGGAGCUGGAUUAAUGCUAACCAGGCGUUGAUUGGUAUUCUGCGGCUGUUCGCGUGGGCCACACAUUACAGAACCGGCAACCAUGCGAGGGAUCUGGUAUUCAAGGAAGGUUCACUCUACCAAAUCGGGCAGCAACGUGGGAGACGUUGAUACCCGGUUCACACGAUGUGGUUACCGGACAUACGGUUCAUGGUUUUGGGGGGUUCUGGUGGAAGGAGCGGUGGGCAGUAAUUUUAUUCUAUCUGGGACUGGCCAACUUAAGUGACUUGAGCAUCUUCACCUUUACUUCGAGUUCACAACCCACCGUCAUCUGAUUGAUCCAGCUACACUCAUAUCUCGUUUAGCCCUCAACUCGAUCCACAAAAUCUGUUACUUUGGCAGCUAUACUAAUGUACAUUGAACGAC